AUGAUUAUUAGUACGCAAACGCUGGUGGUGACGGGUUUGGAGCCGUUCACCGAGUACCUUUUCAGUCUGUCCAUAAGGAACCCGCGCGGACUGGGGCCGGUCGCCCGGGUCACAGGUCGAACCCAGCAGGCAGCGCCGGGCCCGCCGGCCACGGUGCGUUACUCCAGUGUGGGCAGUACGUGGGCGGCCCUGAUAUGGACCCCUCCUGCCGAGAGGAACGGGGUGCUGCUCUACUACACUGUGAACAUCACACGGGACGCCGGCGGCGAGCCUGACCUGCGCCGGGUGCCGGCCACCGAGGAGACCUGGGUCCAGUACCAGGUGGACGGACUCCGCCCGUACACCCAGUACACGGUGGGAGUGUCCGCCGCCACAGAGGUGGGCUCCGGCCGACAGCGUCUGGUCCGACUGCGGACCGAUACCUCGGCGCCGGGCCGGCCCGUCAUCCUCAGCAUCACCUGUGUGCACAGCGGGGCCACCCAGGUGCGCUGGAGGGGCCCGACUGAGCCUGGUCCUCCGCCCGUCAGCUUCUUCACGAUUGGCUACAGGAACGCGCGCCACCCCAAGUACACGCUGACGGGAACGCCGGCCGGCCUCGGCGAGCACACGAUUCUGAUGCGCCACUUGGACCCGGGGAUGACCUAUUUCAAGAUCCAGGCGGUCCGCAGAAGCCGGUACAGUCAGUCGGACGUGUACCGCGGGGAGUUCACUGAGCCAUGGAGCGUCCUGCUGCCCCGCAGAAACUCAGACUGUUCCGAGUUUCGUCUGAUCCACCCGGUUCAGGACGACUCCAGCCUUGCCAUCGGUAUCGGCGUGCUGGCCGGGGUCGUCGUGGUCUCCGUCCUCGUCGCCGGCAUCGUCAUCUUCCUCUGCAGGUGA